CUUGUUCAAUUCCAACAUACGCGAAAUUGAAGUGAAAGAUUGCUAAGGUGAAAUUGAAUCGGUUACGGGGGACUGUACAAUUGUCGGUUUUAGUGUUAAACAUUUUUGAGAAAAAAUGGCCAGUUUUUGGGCCGUUUUUGUUUUUGGAGUUGCAUUCACACUUACAGAGCACUGCCACGGAGCUCAGUACUUCGGAAAACUCAUAGGAAAACUUUCGGAAUUACACCACGGCGUCUCCGGAGAAGUUUACGCAGUAGAUGCGAGGACUUUGUACAUCAAGGAUUUCACUUAUGACGGACAAGGACCCGCCGCUUAUUUUUACGCCAGCGUCCACAAAGCGGCUGACAAACACGGUUUCCGGUUGAGAGAUGAGACGGGAAGCGGAGAAGUAAUCAGGAGGUACAGGAAGGAGGGAAUCACUCUCACGCUGCCAGAAGGAAAGACCAUACACAGCAUCAAGAUAUUUUAUCUUUGGUGCGAGGAAUUUGACGUUAACUUUGGUGAUGUUAAAGUUCCUCGUGGUUUUGACUAUCCACGACCACAAAAAAUUGAAUCUCUCAAAGGUGUCCACGCAAUUUCGUCAGACAACAUCGUCAUCGUGGAUGCCCAGACGCUGUUGAUUCCAAACUUGUCUUAUGAUGGCGAAGCACCAGAUGCCAAAUUCUGGGUUGGUCGUGGCAGCAAACCUACUCCACAAGGUAUCCGAGUCCCUGACGAGAAUGGCAAAGAAGUGCCCCUUAGAAGAUAUGACAGAAAGACAGUGGUACUUACACUUCCAGGCGAUUUGACAGUUUUUGACAUUGGACAUUUUGGAAUCUGGUGCGAGAUGUUUACUGUUGACUUUGGUCAUGUGCUUAUACCACAAGAACUGAAUAUUCCACCGUCUUUGAAAAUGCUGGGUGUCAGCCCUCAGUCAAAACUGAACUGUGAAGUAUUGUUCGAUGACCUGGCGUUCGAAGUGAGAUGGGCUGUUGCAGGAGACAGCAUUGUGUUGCAAUUGGUUGCGAAAUUGGAUAACCGUGAAUAUAUGUCCUUUGGUCUCUCUGGCGAUGAUUCUAAAACUGUCAUGAUUGGUGGUGAUGUAGUUGUAGCAUGGGUAGACAAAGAAACUCUUAAAGGAUUUGCGGAAGAUUACUAUUUGGAAGACAAAUCACAAUGUUCCGGACCAACUGGAUCAUGUCCUGACAAUAGACUAGAGGAAAAUACCAACAGCAUUCGUCUACUGAACGCAGCAAUGGUCAACGGCUACUCAAUAGUGACCUACCAACGUCCACUACGAGUAUCUGAUCAGUUUGACCGUCCCAUAUACACUAACCACUCCCAAGCUAUUAUCUGGGCGAUUGGACCACUGAACCAAAGAGAUGAAGUAUCUUUCCACAGCAGAUAUCUCAAGAAAACGCACCUUAUUGACUUUGGAAGACCUGCUAGAUGGAAUUGUCCUAUGCCAGAGACAGAUCAACCAGCAAUGGCUGCUGUAUAUGCUCAACAUCAGCCUGUAGAUACCAAGGAAACGUCGUAUGUGGAGAAGGAGUACAGCGAAGAACCUACAACUAGCGCUCCAAGGAGAACAAGCGUUAGAAGACGAAUCCCCCAACGAGGAGCCCAAAAUUCACUUGCUGAGGAUUCUCAGAAUAGCGCUUCCAGGACCAAAGAACAAGCUGAGCCUAAUAGAAGAAGACAGCCCCAAAAGGAGACUGACACUCGCGUCGCAAGACCCACUCAAACCAGCGUUAGCAAAAGAGACGCAUGGGUGAUUCCUCCAAUCCAGUGUGAUGAACCUGAUGAUGGCGUAUUUUAUGCCCAAAUGGGUCCAACCGGUGGAAAGAGAGGAUAUCCAGCUAUAACAGGUCAUGUCGGCUGGGGAAUCUCCUGGUACAUCAACGGUCUUCUCAUUCCAGAGAUAUACGUAGUCAGAGGCACUGAAUACACCUUCGUCGUAGAGGGUGGUGAGAACCCAGACAUACCAGCUAAAUAUCAUCCAUUUUACAUAACCGACGACCCUGUCGGAGGCUACGAGUACAAAACACCAGAAGAAAAAAGGAAAAUCCGCAUUUUUGCCGGAGCACGUAAAGAAUCAGAUGGUUCCUUAGCACCAACUGGUGUAGGAAGGUCGUGCUACUGGACACCGACAAGCGAUAUGGACGCAGAUGAUUUUCCAUCAUUUGGAGCCUACCAGAGAUCUCUGGAGCUUAAAUGCGAUCAAGGGGAACCUGGAUUUAUCCAAUGGACACCGGACAAGAAUACACCAGAUACUGUUUACUACCAUUGCUUCACUCACCGAUACUUGGGCUGGAAGAUUCACGUCGUAGACAGCUGCGAUCGCAAAGCUGAGGCCAGCGAGAUCAAGCAGACGAUCGUCCCCGCCCCCCAAAGCAUCUUGGACAAAUUGGACACCGACCUCGAAGACAGUCCCUCUCUGCGCGUCGAGACAAGGAGAAAGUAACGUCGGCACCUGUAGAAAAGUCAUCGGAGCAGUUACCAAAUCUAAAUCCACUCCAAACACCAGCACAGCAAAACUUCCACCUUAGAACCAGACCCAA